GAUGGAGUGAAAUGUCAGGUUCUUUUCCGGUUUGAUUCUCUAACGUAUUAGCUUACAAUGAGAACGAUAAACUCCAACCAGACGGUCACCGUACCGAAGGAGGUAACGGUCAACGUACGCUCCCGCGUUGUGACGGUUAUCGGUCCCCGCGGCAAGCUUGUGAAGAACUUCCGUCAUCUGCCGAUGGAUGUCUACAAGACGGCCCGCAACAAGGUGAGGGUGGAGAAGUGGUUCGGCUCCAAGAAGGAGCUUGCGGCGGUGCGUACCGUUUGCUCGCACAUCGAGAACAUGAUCAAGGGUGUGACCAAGGGAUUCCAGUACAAGAUGCGCGCUGUACAUGCCCAUUUCCCGAUCAACUGCGUGAUCAGUGAGAACAACUCGUUGGUGGAAAUUCGUAACUUCCUUGGCGAGAAGCACAUCCGUCGCGUGAAGAUGCAGGCAGGAGUGACUGUCGUGAACUCCACCAAGCAGAAGGACGAGCUCAUCUUGGAAGGCAACGACAUCGAAGCGGUUUCGCUGUCCGCUGCCCUCAUCCAGCAGUCCACGACUGUCCACAACAAGGAUAUCCGUAAGUUCUUGGACGGUCUAUACGUUUCUGAGAAGACGACAGUGGUACAGGAAGAGGAAUAAAUUGUAACAUUGUUGUAAGCGCAAGGAAUGAAGCAGAAAACAAAGUUCGGCGAAAGAUAUGGAAACAAA